UUGCAAAAGGAAAAAGUGUAAUACUUAAGGCGCAAAGCCACAGAAAACGAUUGAAAGCCCGCUCGAGGAAUUAUGAAAGAAUUGGCUUAAAACCCAAUAUCGAGGCUACCAUUUGAAGAGCAGCAGCAGCAUUAGACGUCUAUUUUGAGCCGAAAACAUGAACAGCGAUGAGUUGGAAAUGAUCAAGAAGACCUGGGAAAUACCCGUGGCGACACCAACAGACUCUGGAGCUGCUAUACUGACAGCGUUCUUCAAUCGUUUUCCGUCCUCGUUGCAAAAAUUUCCAUUUCAUAAUGUGCCAUUGGAAGAGUUGCCCUCCAAUGCACGUUUCCGGGCCCAUGCCGGUCGCAUAAUUCGUGUGUUCGACGAGUCGAUUAGGGUGCUCGGCCAGGAUGGUGAUCAGGAGAAACUGGAUGAGAUAUGGACCAAGGUGGCAGUUAACCACAUACCACGAAGAAUAUCUAGAGAAUCUUACAAUCAACUCAAAGAAGUUAUUCUGGAAGUGCUCACCGCUGCCUGCAGUCUUAACGAGAGUCAAGUAGAAACGUGGACUAAGCUGAUCGAUCACGUCUAUAACAUUAUAUUCAAGGCCAUCAACGAAGACGGUGAUGCCAUCUAAGCAGAGAGAGAGAUAGCGAGUGACAAAAGAGAAAGUUAGCGAGGGCGAGAGAGUAAAGCAUGCAGCUCACAAUGCAAGGCACGGCUUAUGUAGCUUUAAGUAAAUGAUUAAUGAUAAAUGUUAGCAACUUUCAUUUUGUAUUUAUCAGUACAAGUCCAAUACACACAAACACAGGCACACACACACACACACACACACAAACACAAACAUAUUAAGCACUAACACACACGCACAUUGCUCUGUAAAGCUUUAAUCCAUUGUCAGCCUUAAGCACUUAAUAAUAAUAAUACAAAUUAAUAAAAAAGGUCGCUUGUA